ACAGAAGAUGCCAUGACUGGCACCGAUACGCCAGAGAUAUACCCACAAUACUGUUUCCACCUCUCGCCCACCAUCAAUCGAUGGUGUCAUUUCCGAGCAGCCGACAUUGCCGCCUUGUCCGAUCACCCAGGGUUUCGAGGGCAAGACCUUUACUUCCACGGCAACCACCCAAUAAAAUGGGUGCGUAUUGCUGGAGUCGUCGUUGCGAUUGACGAAUUCGAAACUCGCCGGAUAUACACAGUCGACGACAGCAGCGGUGCGACUAUUGAGUGUGUUGUGGCAAAAGCUCGACCCAGUCAGACGGGAACAGCUGGAGAACACCAACCCACGUCGGCCACGGUCGAGAAGACUGAUCAGCAGAAGCAUCAGCAGUCACCAUCAGCCGACGGCAAGAUUGAUAUUGGCCACAUCAUUGACGUCAAGGGCGGCAUCAGACUCUUUCGCGAAGCCAAGCAGAUCAAUACCGAGAAAAUAAAGCAUCUGCGUUCCACAGAGCAGGAGGUGCAGUUCUGGCAAAAGGUUGCCCAGCUCCGCGCCGACGUCCUCCGCCACCCGUGGGUGUUGGACAGGAGGCAGCUUCGCAGGUGUCGGCGGGAGGCCGAGGGCUAUGAUGCCAAUCGCGCCAAGAGACACAAGAAGGCGGAGUACGCG